AUGGGUGCCUGUCUCUGCAAAGGUCACAAAGAGCUCCACCUUCCCGUAUCAACGCUGCAGCAGCCUGAGGAGGGUCAGCAGUCAUCUGUCAAGGAUGAGCAGAACCCCUCCAACGGCAGCGUGGCAGAUAAAACCAGCCGCUAUGAUAUCGGAGAGCUAGCCACAUCUUCUUUGAUUGGUCUGGUGGCCACGAUAAAGGAGCACAUCACCAAGCCGACGGCGAUGGCCCAGGGCCGAGUUGCUCACCUGAUUGAGUGGAAGGGUUGGGGUGGAUGUGGUGAGGCUGGGGGCUGGAGCGGGGCCUGGGGUAAAGGAGGCGGAGGCUGGGGGGGGAUGGAGGCCGAGCUGCAGGAGGAUGAACAAUACUACUCCCAAAUGACAGAUGAGAUCAAGGAGGCUCGCUUUGCUGCAGGUGUGGCGGAGCAGUUUGCUCUGGCCGAGGCAGCCAUGAAUGUGUGGUCCAUGAACGACGGCUUAGAGCAGCCGUCCACCAGGUUACAAGCAGCCCAGAGCCACUUCCUGUCUCAGUUCCUGCUUGAUGGCGGGAGCGUCGGCGUUCCUCAGCAUUUGUACAGCAUUCAUUCCCAGACUUACGACAACAGCAGCGCAGCCAGCCGGGUCCGUCCGCCGCCGGUCAGCUCCAUCUUCCCGGUACCCGACGCCCAGCAGGUUAGAGAUCAGCCCCUCCAGGACAGAAGCACGGUGACUGCAGAAGCUGCCGUCCGACACGUGGACAGCAGCUCGCUAUCCGAGGAUGAUGUUUUUUACAACUAG